CAGAUUUUACCUUCGGCCAAACCCACCGGACACACACACACACACGCACACACACACAUACACACACACACAGACAGACAGACAGACAGACAUACACACCGCUGGUGUCGAGUGAAAGGCGCUUCAGCUGUUCGCUUUGAGAGGUCCCAGGAGCUAUCUUACCUCCACCAUGACUGACCGCUUCGACUGCUACUACUGCCGUGACAACCUGCAUGGGAAGAAGUAUGUGAAGAAGGACGACAAGCACGUGUGCACCAAGUGUUUCGAUAAGCUCUGUGCCAACACCUGCGCAGAGUGCAGACGCCCCAUUGGUGCUGAUUCCAAGGAGCUGCACCAUAAGAACCGCUACUGGCAUGAGGACUGUUUCCGCUGCGCCAAGUGCUACAAGCCUUUGGCCAGCGAGCCGUUCAGCGCGCGGGAUGAUGGCAAGAUAAUGUGCGGCAAGUGUGGCUCCCGGGAGGAUGGCAACCGGUGCCAGGGCUGCUAUAAGGUGGUCAUGCCAGGAUCCAAGAACGUGGAGUACAAGAACAAGGUGUGGCAUGAGGAGUGCUUCACCUGCCUUGAAUGCAAGCAGCCGAUCCGCACACAGAGUUUCCUGACCAAGGGUGAAGACAUCUACUGUGCUCCCUGCCAUGACAAGAAGUUUGCCAAGAAAUGCUUCCACUGCAAGCAGCCCAUCUCCUCUGGAGGGAUCAGCUACCAGGACCAGCCCUGGCACUCUGAGUGUUUCGUGUGCAACACCUGCCGUAAACCUCUGGCUGAAGCUCGCUUCACCUCCCAUGAGAACAACGUUUACUGCGUGGACUGCUACAAGACUGAUGUGGCCAAGAAGUGCCACGGCUGCAAGAACCCCAUCACAGGGUUUGGCCAUGGCACCAAUGUGGUGAACUAUGAGGGCUACUCCUGGCACGAGUACUGCUUCAACUGCAAGAAGUGCAGCCUCUCUCUGGCCAACAAGCGCUUCAUCAUCAGUGGAGAUCAUAUCUACUGCCCUGACUGUGCUAAGAAGCUGUGAACUGCACAAGCAGCUUUGCAGAUGGUCACUGUUUAAAGUGGAAUUACACCAAAAACUGGCUUUUAGACAUAUUAGAACGUAUUAUUGCAUAAAUUUCUACUUUUUCAGAAUUUGAGGCCUGAAAAUGACAGAAAUAUUACUCUGUUUCUGAAUUUGCAUAAACACGUCUAAACAGUCAAUUUUGGUGAACCUUCUCUUUAUGAAGUUGACCGAUUAGUGGUUAUUUCAACUAAAUAUGCACUAGCUUGAAUCAUUUAUCCACAUAUACAUUGCUGCGACUUGUAAUAGUGUCAAUGUUUGGAUACUAACAUGGCAACAGAAUUUGUUUUGUGAGAUGAGAUAUGCACUAUUAGUCUCCUCUGGGACUCUGCCUGCAGCCUGGCUUACUGGAAUCUUCCAGAGAGAAUAAAAUGCUUCUUUCAUGCAUACUGCUGCUCAUACAUACCAGCUUUGAUUAAUAAUCUGUUAUGCCUCUGAAUGCUUGAAUGGAUUAUGAGCAUUGUCAAAAAUGUUUAGAGAGUGAAUUUAAAAUACAAAUUAGGUUUUUGGGAUUGAUGCUGAAAUACAAACUGCUCAUGUAUUCAAGACUUGAUGAGUGAAGAUCAAUGCACAACAAGAAUAAAAGAGGAAGCCAAAUGAA